CUCGAAUCUGCCGUAGUUUCAGGGUUAAUAACUUUCCCAUUGCGCCGCUGUAGCAGGUGCAGGCUUCUACUUCUUUCGAGACGGAAUGCGAAUCGUAUUCCCCAACAGUUCUCAAAAUUUAUCAUCCUGGUGCGCGUCCUCCUUCUCGACCGUCUAUUCAAUGUCUUGCACUAAAAUAACGAGUACUUGUACUACACCAACCCAUAAUGAGUAUGAGUGAUUUUUUCGUCCUCCAUGUACUUGUUGUAGUUGUAAUUUCCAGAUCCCUGCCUCCAUUCAGUGUACUCACCUCCUUUUUUGGUUUUUUUUGGUUAGAUGUUCUGUCGAAUUUAGAUUUUUGAAUUCCACGACGCUGGACAUCUUAACAGAUAUAAAGCUCGAUUAGAGGCACCUUGUUCGGGUAAUUUCGUUGUAUUGCAGUAGGAGCUUUACGAUCCCUUUUCUAGGUUGACCCCCCCUAUGUAAGAACAAUAUUAAGAAAGUAGUCGUGAAUGAGUAUGAAGUACCUCGACGCCGUUGUGUGACUGCUCUCCAUCAGGGGGGCGUCACCGGCGCUUCAUGACACGAAGCUAAAUGUCAUUCUGCGCUGCAGUAGAGAGUAAGGAGAGGCACGUUCUUGACGAAGGCACUACUACGAGUACAUCCACCCUACUAGACGCAGCUGAAGGUGAUUCGCCCUCUGAUAACGCUGAAAGCCCGACGACGCAGAGCACAACUGCUUCCUCGUCACCAGAGGAUGACUAUUCUUCAGCAGUUUUGGCUACUCUGACAGGAGGAUCAAGUUCAAAAGACGAUGCAACGCAGGCGCAGCAACUUCUAUCAGAACGAGAACUUGAAUUACGACAGGAGCGUGAGAAUCGACGUAUGCUGGAAAAGAUAACUACAGGUACAGAUCAGAAGGUUGAUCUUGAUGAAGCUUCUGAUUCAUCUCUGAUAAUUAACAAGGACGAGGAGCGAGCUCGAUUGCGGGAGCACCGUCAAGCUAUUCUUCGUUGUCAAGAACGGAGGUUGGCGCUUCUCCGUGAGCGAGAACAACUCCUUCGCAGGCAAAGAUCGACAAGCAAUAAACUACAAUUUCUUCGACAUCGGAGAUUAGCGUUGCUUCAGCAAGAGCAGAGAGAAAGAAAUAAAGCAGACGGCGAACAAACGGAACACGAGGAACCUUCCGAGAACGUGAAUCAGAGUAACUACACUAACAGGAACAAGAAUAACGACAAAAACGUAGACGACAAUAACAAAGAGUCCGGCGACGGGCACAGAGAGCGUCCAUCCCGAGAAAGAACCGCACAACGAGGUGUUCGACCACGUGGUGUACGCUCACACGCAACAAGAACAAGAAGCCAGCGAGCAGGGCGUGCGAGAGACAAUCAAAAUAACAGGCCACGACGACGUAGCGCAAUUUAUCAGGUACGACCAGCGGAAGAGGAGGAGGACAUUUUCAGCGCGUUAUUUGUGCGGCUCCUUUUUCUCCUGAAAAUAUUGCUUUACAUCGUGCUAACUUUCUUGCUGAUUCUCAGUAUUGUUCCUAGGGUCGUCUUCUUCUAUCUGCGACUCAGCGUUCUCAUUAGUUCGCGCCACUCCAUUUCCGAAACAGUUUUUUCGAAGUCAGUUCGCGAGUUCGCACGUCUUGACGCAGAAAUCGCUGCGGAAGAGCUACAGAGCCUUCACUUGGAACCAGCGCAGAACACACUUUAG